AAACAAUUAAUUUAGUAAAUAAAUUAAAUAAAGAAUAUUUAAAUUAAAUUUAGGAAAAUAAAUCAACUUAAAACAUGGGUAGACGUUCAAUUAAUACCACUAAAAGUGGUAAAUUUAUGAAUCCAACAGAUCAAGCUCGGAAGGAGGCACGUAAAAAAGAGUUAAAGAAAAAUAAAAAACAAAGGCAAUUAGUCCGAGCUGCUGUACUAAAAGGAAAAGAUCCAUUGCAACUUAUUGAAGAAAUGGAAAAAAUUGAUCAAAUGGAAUAUAAUGUACUCCAACCUUCACCUUUAAAUGAAAAGGUUUUAAAAGAAAAACGUAGAAAAUUAAAAGAAACUUUAGAUCGUGUGUUAAAAAUGUAUAAUAAAGAUGAUCCAGAGAAAUGGGUAGAACUGCGACGCGCACGAGUUGAAUAUGAAAAACGAAGAGGACAGCUAAUACACUUUUAUGAAAGUGUUAAACAUGCACAACAAGUUCAAAUUGAUGACAUUCCCUUACCGGCAAUGUCCGAACAUAUGUAUCCGCCAAGUCAGCUACACUUUCCAAGUUUAACAUCGCAAAUUCCAUUACCCAUGGAUUUAAAUGUACCUUUACCGCCUCCAACAAUUAUUCAACCAGUUGGAAUUCUGAAGAAAACAACCGCCUAUCGAGCACCUGGAGAUAAAAAAGCCCCCGGCGUGCCACCGGGACCACCCCCGGAUCUCUUAGAAUACGAUGAAGAAGAAGAUGUUGAAACCCCCCAAGAAACAUCUGAAUCUACAACGGCCAAAACAAUUAGAUUUGCAGAUAAUGUUGCUGAAAGUGAAACUGACAAAUCGGAAACGGUACCCACAACUCCUGCGCCUAAGCCCACAUCGUUACAACAAAGAAUGCUUCAAUUAAGUGGACAAAAUAUUGAUGAAUUCAUGAAAGAAAUGGAAGUUGUACACAAGAAACGAGAAUUAGAUAGAGCUGCUGAUAUUUCAGCAAGAUUAUCGUCCCUUGAUAAAACAGAAAACAAAGAAAAAGAAGAAUUACCACCACCAGGAACUGAGAAUGAUCCACCUGAGCCAACACCUGCGACAACAGCAGCCUUAAAUGCGGACUUACCGCCUGGAAUAGAACCUUCUGAAAUGAUUCAACAACAAUUACAAUCAAAUCAAAUGAUUUUCAGACCUCCUCCGCCAAUAAGACCCCCAACAGCACCACCUGCAUUAAUGGCAGUUCGCUUACCUCCUGGAAGACCUACACUUCCACCCGGUCCACCACCAGGAUUACCACCAAGAUUAGGAAUGCGCUUACCCCCAGGCCCACCACCAGGAAUGCCUCCACGUAUGAUGCGUAUGCCUGGUUUACCUCCCAGGCCGCCACUUCCACCUCCACAACCAAGUGGUGGAAGUAAUGCACAAGCAGCGAAUACACCAAAUGUACUAUCUGCUGGUCCGCAAUUAAUUAAUCGAGAAAUUGGACCAGGUAAAAGUGCAACAAUUAUGGCAAAACCACAAAUUAGAAAUCUUAGCGCAGAUGUUACAAGAUUUGUUCCGUCUGCAUUGCGUGUAAAACGCGAAGAUAAAAAACCAAAGGGUGUAACACGAGCUAUGGUACAAGAAUUAAAACAACAAGAAAUUUUGAAACCGGUUACGUCUCAACCGACUAAAGAUGAUGCAUAUAUGCAGUUUAUGCGUGAAAUGGAAGGACUUUUAUAAUAAUAUGUAUUAUUUCAAUUUUGUGAAUGU